CCCAACAACUCAAAACAUAGCAGUUUCAAAUCACUGUGGACAUUAUCCUGUCUGACUGAAACAAAGGACAAUGGAGUCGGUGAGGAGUGCCUUCCAUGCUCAACUGGCCACCGUCAUGGACUCGUUACUGGCAGCUGCUGUGUGUGAGAUUGCCAAGAUUUUUGAGAACAGCCUGUGUGAGCAGCAGGCGGAGCUGGCACAGAAGGGAGAGGAGAUCUCCAUGCUUAGAGCAAAGCUGGAGAAGGCGGAGAGGAGGGUGAAGGGAAGGUGUGGAGGAGGAGGAGUGGAAGAAGAGAGUGAGACCUCAACAGGUGAAAGAGAAGGAGAGAGUUGUCCGAGGCAGCAGACUGUGACAGCAGCAGCAAUGAUUAUGGGUAAGGAUGUUUCCUCCCAGUCAGACCCAGUGGAAGGGCUCGGUCAGAGCCUCCGCAGGCUGAAAGAAGAGACCACAAGCCAGGAUGGAGCCUCAGUCAAACAUGAGCGUGCCGGAUCACGCCCUACUCUGGGUUCUGUGGCAGUGCAAGCCCCGGAGCCAAGCCUUGCUGCUGGGGAACAGAGGCAGCUGGACCCUUUGUCUGCUACACAGGCCAAGGCUAAGUUAUCUCAUUGGGAUCAAGGGAGUCGUAGUGCAGAUCAGAGACCUCUUCAAGGACAGGCCUCCACCCCUUUUCUCUCCAUCUCGCAAAGUGGACGUUGUUCCCCCAGGCCGGACCCUAGCCUGACCCAGCCAGGAGAGUGGUUACCUGGGUUGGAUGCCAGCCGAGGUGGGGUGUCUGCUCUGGAGAACCUACAGACAGAGGGCACCAGCUGCUCUGGUCCUGCCAGUAGCAGCACUGGCACUGACACGCCAUGCUUUCGACCCGGCUUUGGUUCUGACGAGACAAGUAAUGAGGAUGACGACUCCUCCUUCCCCUUCCUAGACCAGGAGCCUGAGAACCAGAACUCAAAUCAGAACUCGGUACAAGGUCAAGUGGCGGGACAGAGGGAGACCCGGCAGGAUCCGUCCCAAGCCCAAUCUGCUGCAUCAUCAUGGCGACCCAGAGAUGACAGGGCUGGGAGGGGUCCUGUUCCUCACACCAGGCGUGUUGCUUCCUUCACCAACAGAGACCCUCUCCGGCCGCAGUCCAAUACGCAGUCACACACACUCCGGCACACAAAUGCUCUCACCCAUCCCCCGGCCCCAGGUGGCGGAAAUGGAAGACCCUACACCUGUCCCUACUGUACCAAGUGUUUUACUUACCCUUCCCACCAGCGUAGACAUCUUUUGCGCCACACUGGAGUCAGGCUACACCCUUGUCAGUUCUGUGACAAGAGUUUCCUCACUCCCUCUGAGCUUACUGUGCAUACUCGCACACAUACGGGUGAGCGGCCCUUCGGCUGUGCUCAGUGUGGUAAGCGGUUUGCCCGUAGUGGGAACCUAAGGGCCCACCAACGGGAUGUUCACAUGGGGAAGAGGCCUUUUGCCUGCACCGAGUGUGGCAAAAGGUUUGCCCACAGAGGCAACCUAAGGGUGCAUAACCACAGGGUCCACCAGGGCGACCCCUAUUACAUGGAGGAUCAGCAGGAGCCAGAGAUGGGCCAAAAUCCCAUUUGAGGGAAAAAUCAAAGAUUGUCUUGCAAAUGAAUUAUGUUUUGCCCAGCAAGACCGACCAAACUGAUAUGUUUCAGUUUUGAAUUUGGUUUGCCUUGCUUUCCAUCCAGACUGUUCAGCCAACAUUCAAAAUGGGUGAAAAUAUUUUGACAUCAACUCUCAGCAUUUGUAUUUCAAGCAACUCUUGAAUAUUAUGUGUAACCAUCAGAUUUAAGCCUUUGCUGUUUGAAAGUGAACAUGGUUAAGAUCUACUAAUUUUUAUGCUAUGUCAGUGUCGUCUCCAUCCCUCUUGAAAGAGGCAUAGUUUAGAAGGAUACCUCUGUUUUUAGGGUUUUUACUAUAUGGCCUUCUUACAUAGUCAUAUAAACUUGUACGUUUUUCCAUGUCGGUGAGUGCAGUUUGAAGAUACAUUGAAUGAUGAGUUGAGCCACGCACAGACAGAAAAGUUUUCCGUGAGAUUUUCUGCCUCUAUGCAAGUACAAACCCCAAUUCCAAUGAAGUUGGGACAUUGUGUAAAACGUAAAUAAAAACAGAAUACAA